GGACAGACUAACAGCUGGCCCUCCCUCUGACACCCCUCACCCCUCGUAGUCUGUUCGACCAGAGCCCCUCAGUCCUGGACAGAGAGGGAACAAGCACAGGUUGCACUGAUCCAGACCCCACUUUCCUCUCUUAAAGGAUACUGACACAACCUGACACAUCGCAGACAGCAUGUCUCAGCAUACUCUGAUGUCAACACAGGAGAGGAAAAUGCAGGCGGCUGCUAUUUGUAGAGAGAUCCAUGCUUCUGAUGAAGAAGAGAUGGAUCUAGGGAGGAAAGUUAACGCACCAAAGGAGAUCAUGUUGGAGGAACUUUCCUUAGCAUCAAACAGGGGCUCCCGUCUCUUUAAGAUGCGUCAGAAGCGCUCAGAGAAAUACACAUUUGAAAGUAUUCAGAAUGAAGCCAACACACAGCACAGUAUUGAUGCCAUUUCUCUGGGCCCAAGUGCUGAAAACAUUUUAAGUAACGAAAAUUGUCUUGGAGUUGAUCAGGGACACAAUACACUCAACCCUGAGACUAUUGCGCCAGGCUAUGGUGGUCCCUUGAAGGACGUUCCAGCAGAGAAGUUCAACUGUACAUCAAUGCCCAGAUCCUACCAGUCCCCCUGGGAGCAGGCCCUCAUUAGUGACCCCUCUCUGGCCGAAACGCUGGUCGCCCGCAUGCCUGAACCUGAAACCAGACAUGAGAUACCUCAAUACAAGAGCUUUAACAGGGUGGCUAUUCCAUUUGGUGGCUUCGGCAAGGCACCCAAAGUCCCUGUCAAACCUCUUGAUGUGGAACCCGGCCACGUCAUUCCAAGUCCCAUGGCCGCAGCACCUGCCGUGGUCAAACGGCCCACCUUCAACAGAACAGCCUCAGGCUGGGUUGCUGACAGUGCUCCUCUGAUACUUCCCAGCAUCCCCCUUGAGCCCAUAUCAUCCAUGUCCACAUUUAUCCCAGAGUCAGAUGACCUCUAAGCAUUAUUCUUGUUUUUGUAAGCUUAAUUUUCACUGGAAUACACACUACCAGUAAAAAGUUUGGAAAAAAUUAUUAAUAUUUAUAAAUGUUUUUUGAAAGAAGUCUCUUAUGCCCACCAAGGCUGCAUUAAUUUGAUCAAAAAUACAGUAAAACAGUAAUAUUGUGAAGUUUUAUUACAAUUUAAAAAUAACUUUUCUAUUUGAAAAUAUUUUAAAAUGUAAUUUAUUCUUGUGUUGGCAAAGCUGAAUUUUCAGCAUCAUUACUCCAUUAGUCUUCAGUGUCACAUGAUCCUUCAGAAAUACUUCUAAUAUUCUGAUUUGCUCAAGAAACAUUUCUUAUUAUUAUCAAUGUCGAAAAUGGUUGUGCGCUUUUUAAUAUUUUUGUGGAAACCAUGAUAUAAUACUAUACCAUUCCAAAGUUUGGGGUAAAUAAGAGAAAGAAAAUAAAAUGAAGAAAUUAAUACUUAUAUUCAGCAAGGAUGCAUUAAACUGAUCAAAAGACAGUAAAGACAUUUAUAAUGUUACAAGAUGUUAUACAUGUUAUAAUGUUUCUAUUUCAAAGAAUCCUGACUGUAUCACAGUUUUCACAAAAAUAUGAACUGUUUUCAACAUUGAUAAUACUAAGAACCAUUAUUAAUAAUUGAGUACCAGUGAUAAUUGAGCAGCAAAUCAGCAUAUUAGAAUGAUUUCUGAAGGAUCAUGUGACACUAAAGACUGGAGUAAUGAUGCUGAAAAUUCAGCUUUACAUCACUGGAAUAAAUUACAUUUUAAAAUAUUUUCAAAUAGAAAAUUUAGAAUACUGAAAAUGUUAAGACACUGAAGUUAUAUGGCAUGCCGUGACUGAUUUCUGAUGGAUUAUUGGAAAUGUCUCCUAAUGUUGAUCUAUACUGUUUCACUACUAGAAGGGCUUGCCAAUCUGCCCACGUAGACCUGUAAAUAUGUAUUUAUAAAGGGCUGUGACAUCAACAUUUAUUUAAAUGAUCUAAUAAACAAAACAUUCAAUGAA